AUGGCAGAACAGUGGGCUUUGUACGUGGCUAGCCCACUUGAACCCACCACUGUCAUAACUUUCCAGGUCCUAACUGGGACCACCUACUCCCCUUGGAGGGUCCGGAUGGAGUUUCCCCUCCGCGGCUGCCUCUCACUCAUCCUCCACCACUUUGCUGACAAGGAAGGAAGGACAAUCGGGACGAGGGAGUCUUGCCUGGUGACCAUCUGGACAAUAUCUCGCCCAUGGCAAGCUGGAUCCCUGUGGCUUACUUUGAUCAAAUUUGGAUGCCAACUAUGUGGAACAGAAGUGUGGCUGCUCUGGUGGAAGUGGCAAUGGUAGUCCUAGAGUCUCGCUGUCAGCCACACCCUUUGUCUCCCCCUACCCUGUGGCCUGGAACCGCAGUGUGAGAUGCUAUAUAGUGCAAUGAAGUCAAUUCUAAGACAAGGGUUCUUGCCUUUCUCAUCUAAUUCUUAGUUAUGGAUAUGAGACGCUUGUUCAGAAGUAUGGAAAAUAUAUAUAAUAUGUUAUCUUUUAGAUGUGUGUGUAAAUAUGCAUAUGUAUGCAAUGUGCUUAUAUUUUAACGCAUAAACAACAUGAAUAAAGCAAACACUCUAGAAUUCUCCAAA